AUGUCCGACCAGCAGAUCAUCUUCACCAAGAACGCCCCUGCGGCUGUUGGUCCUUACUCCCAGGCCAUCAAGACCCCCAACAUGAUCUACUGCUCUGGCCAGAUCCCUCUUACCCCUGAGGGUGAGCUCGUUGAGGGUUCCAUCACCGCCCAGACCGAGCAGGCCUGCAAGAACGCCAAGGCUGUUCUCGAGGAGGCUGGCUCCGAGCUCGCCAAGGUCGUCAAGACCACCAUCUUCAUCUCUGACAUGGCUCACUUUGCUGAGCUCAACGCUGAGUACGAGAAGUGGUUCUCCCACAAGCCUGCUCGCAGCUGCGUUGCCGUCAAGACUCUCCCCAAGAACGUCGAUGUUGAGAUUGAGGUCAUUGCCCUCCCUUAA